AUGGUGCCCUCUGCUGGCGAUAGCCUGAAGCUAUCCCCAGAUACUCUUCAUAGUAUUGAGAAUGCCAUUUAUAGAACAGCCUUCAGAUUAUGAUCAGUGCAAACUCUAUGUCAGUGCUCAGUCGUCCAUCUGCUUCCUGCUAUGGACUUGGUCAGCAGCACCUUGAUUCAGGAGGCCCUAGUCCAUCCACGUGUCUGGGAGGCCAGUGCGGGACUCCUUUCUGUGCCACAGCUUUUUCAGGCCCCCCAAGAGCUGUUUCAGAGGACUGGUGUGGAAACACAGGUGCUUCCCAGAGCUGCAGAACUCACUUUGAGCCUCCUCAUGGCCAUGCAUGGCAGCACAGCAACGGGUGUUUGCAAGCUUCUGCCCGUGGCUGCUGCUCUGAUUGCACUCUCAGGGGACAGCUCUCUGAGAAAAUACAGAGUUCUUUUUCAGCUCUAUGCAGAAAGUAACAAGGGAGGUUAUGAAGCUGGGGCACCCAACACUCAAAGGGUUUUGAGAAACUUACUAACAGAUCUACAGCAGGUGUUGAGCCCAGGAAUCAAGGAGGAGAAAUUACUGUCUUGGGUGCAGUCUGAGCCUGUGAUCCUGUUGUGGCUGCCAACCUGCUACUGGCUAUCAGCCACAGAAAUAGUCACACACCCCUUGUGCUGCAGCAUCUGCAGGACCUUUCUGAUCACGGGACGUAGAUACCGCUGUCUGAAGUGUCUCAACUUUGACAUCUGCCAGGUAUGUUUCUUAUCUGGUCUCCACAGCAAGUCCCACCAGAAGUCACAUCCUGUAAUUGAACACUGCUCAAGUAAUCAGAUGUCAGCAAAGGAGAAUACAAAACUUCUCUUCAGAACACUCAGAAACAACCUGUUCCAGGGGUGCAGUCAGAGAAAAGGGGAUCUGAGAAGGCCAUGGCUGCCGAAGCAGGCAAAACUGGAGGACCCAGCUCACCACAGCAAAGUCAAGCGAAUGAAAAAAAGGGCUUCACAAUGUGGCAGCCCAAGGGGCAAUGUUGCAGCCAGUCACUCCAUCCUUCAUCUUCCUGUCAACCUAUGGCGUCCAAGGUUGAUCAUUGAUCAGCUGCUAGGUUUUGGAAGGAAGGAGAUUCUUCUCAGACCAAGAAUGUCACUGAAAAUGGUCCAGGAUGGAAAGCCUGCUCUUGUUAAUAGAAGACAAGUAAAUGCAGAGCAUGCUCCACCCGAUUUAGAAUCACCAGUAACCAUGGUGCAAGCUAUGAGGGUACAAAGCUACUCCCAAAAGAUACCAAAGAAAAUCCUCAGCUUCCUGCCCAGUGGUCAGCAGGAACUGCUGCAGGACAAGCCCAAGAUUUCUCCUUCUGAAAUGACCAGCACUACUUGGGUAUCUGCAGGAAGGAAAGAUAGUAACAUCACAGAGAGAAAGGAUGAGCUGGAAGAAAAGGAAUUGCAAGAACUAUUGUCAAAACUCAUGGAUGCAUUCAGUCUACAAAUGCCAUCAGAUUCCCAGUCUUCAGUGAACAUGGAUCUGUAUGGUGAAGCUGAGGGGGUUUGCAGGGCUUUCUCAGCUCUUGUAGAUCAAAUCACCUCGCCCAGCUUGAAGUGA